CCCUUUUGUGCAAGUGCCUGGCAAGGGUGACGUGGGGCCAUUCCUGCAGGCACAGCUGCAACACUGGCCAGGGUGGAGGCGGGUCCCAGGCAGCACUGCCUUCCCAGGCCCUCCCUGGAGACUUUUUCAGUGGAGGGGACAUGCACCCCGAGGGCCUCUGCUUGGCCUGACGCCACUGCGGGGGCUCUCUGUCCCCAGUAGCAGUGGAGAUGGCGAGUUUACAGAGCCCGUCUCUGCCCAGCUGCCUCCCUCCACUUCUCCUCCUCCUCCUCCAGCUGUCCUCCAGCUACGCAGGACAGUUCAGAGUGAUAGGACCAGGGCACCCCAUCCGGUCUCUGGUGGGGGAUGAAGCGGAAUUGCCAUGUCGCAUAUCUCCUGGGAAGAAUGCUACAGGCAUGGAGGUGGGCUGGUACCGCCCCCCCUUCUCUAGGGUGGUUCAUCUCUAUCGAAAUGGCAAAGACCAGGAUGGAGAGCAGGCACCUGAAUAUCGGGGCCGGACAGAGCUUCUGAAAGAUUCUAUUGGCGAGGGAAAAGUGACACUCAGGAUCCGGAAUGUGAGGUUCUCAGACGAGGGAGGUUUCACUUGCUUCUUCCGAGAUCAUUCAUACCAGGAGGAGGCAGCGAUGGAAUUGAAAGUGGAAGAUCCCUUCUACUGGGUCACCCCUGGGGUGCUGGUUCUCCUCGCAGUCCUACCUGUGCUCCUCCUGCAGAUCACCGUAGGCCUCGUCUUCCUCUACCUGCAGCAGAGACUGAGAGGAAAACUUUGGGCAGAGAUAGAGAAUCUCCACCGGAGUUUUGGAAUUACAAACACUGCACAUACUUUCACUCUUCAGGGAUUACAAAGGGGAGAUCCCCAUUUUCUGAGGGUGCCCUGCUGGAAGAUUACCCUGUUUGUAAUUGUGCCGGUUCUUGGACCCCUGGUUGCCUUGAUCAUCUGCUACAACUGGCUACAUCGGAGACUGGCAGGACAAUUUCUUGAAGAGCUAAGAAACCCCUUCUGAGUGCCUCACAUCUUGGCAGGGGUGGAGGCCAGCCUGGCUGUUGCAGGGACUGAUCCUUGGGGAUGUCUCAUCCAUCGAGCUGCACCCUCUCACGCCUUCUCGCCAUGGGGAUAUGCCAAUCCGCUGCUUCAGGACACUCUGAAUUCCAAACAGGACUGAUUUCCCUUGUCUUCUACCUUUUCUCUUCCUUUCCCCAGCUCCUUCCUUCCUUUCCCCUUUUUUGUACUCACAUCCUUCCACUUCUCUCCUGUUUUCCACCUCAAAACCCUCCCUGGCUGGGUCUGUCCAGGUGCUCUUCUCACAGCCAGAGGACACCUGGGCUGGAGAGGAACACAGACAGGAGCACCUCUGCCAUGAAAUGGGGACCAGGAACCUCCUCGCUGCAAAUCACAGCACACCAACUUAGCAAACAGUGGUUGUUUCCUUGAUGACCCCAGCCCUGAUUGGGCAGAACCAAGAAGUAUGGAGGGUAAAGGGAAGGAACAAGAAAACAAAAAGUCAAACAGAGAGCCAAAUGAGCUGCAGAAUAAGGACAUGGGGAGCACUGACCAAAACUUUGAAAUGGGGAGAAACCCAGCGCGUACUGGCCAGACAGAGCUCCAUCUGGUCUCAGUACCCUACUGAGGAACUAGGGAACUAGUUCAUCUCUGGGUCCCUCAGACUCUUUCCUCCUCUUAUCCUUUUUCUCCCAUCUUCACACCUGUCAGUGUCCACUGGUUUAUCCAACAAUUACUACUUGAUGGUCCAUAAGACACAAAGAAACAAAGCAUGAAUGUGCUAAUUAAUAAUAACAUGAGUUUCCAUGUGUCA